AUGACCAAUUCUCUCGAAAUCCUAGGAGCGGUGGAAACUGUUUUGGGGCUAGGGAGUCGAAUCUAUAAAUUCUUUAGCGAUGUCAAGGACGCACCGGAAGAGGUGCGUCAGAUGUGUGCACAGUUGCAACUUCUCCAGAAAUUGUUCCCGGAGAUCGCACGAUCAAUUUCUGAACUGGUUCAUGCUAUGCCACUGAGCCUCGAAAUAAUCUUUGCUUGUCUGAAAGGAUGUGAGACGGAGUUCAACACAUUAUGGUUGGCUGUCGAACCGCUCCGUACGGAGCCUGGCAUCAUCUGGAGUGAUGUCCUGAACAAAAUUGCUGCUAGUGUCAAAUGGGUCGUCAAGACUGAAGAGUUUGAAAAGUUUACCAAAAAUCUCGAGACGGCGAAACAGACCUUGGUUCUCGCCAUGCUUCUUGCUGGGAUGAGAGUUGAUAGUGUCGUACUUGAUGAAUUGUCAUCCAUCGACACUAAACUUGACGCAUAUGGUCGUACACUUAAUUCUCAUCUUCAUCAUGUUCACAAGAAGAUCGCAUUUCAGCUAGAACAGCUCGAGUACAGGUUCUUGCAAAGAAUAGAUAUUCUUUCGGGAACUGCAGCUGAGGUUCAUGGGCAAAAUAAUCUCCGAGUUACUGAACUUUACGACAGCAUUAUCCCAAAUGAACUAUUACAGACUGGCGACCUAUCUACUGUGCAGUCGGUUGACAGCAACGUGGAUUUUGCAGUUUCUAGCUCUGGAACACUGGACAUUGGCCCAGUUGAUUUCCCGUUUGAAAAUCAACAAGAAGAUAUUGCGAAUCAAACCAAAAAGGACAUCGAAAUUUUAGACUCUCUAUUACCGGGGUUCCGAGACGCCAUACGGCAAUGGGAGGUGGUCGCCUACGCAAAUGGGGCAGAUGAUCCCGAGAAUAUUGCAGUAGAAUCCUCUAGUUCUACCUUCAGCAAUGUGAUUAACCAACUUAAGGAGGUUGAAGAACGACAGGCCACUAAAAGACAUAACCGAUUUGGGGGAAUAUUUGAAAAAAUUAAUGAUUUUACCCAAGGGGCCAUGUUACUGGACCCCAUAGGGAUCUCUACAGUGGCAUAUGCUGGAAUGGGACUUAUAUUUGAGGCCGCAAGACAAUGGGCGGAGUAUUUCGAAUUAAUCAGGGAAGCACUGCGCGAGAUGCAAGAUGCCCUGGAGACCUGCACCCGAGAGUACGAGCUCUACCCGGAACCCAAGCUCAAGGUCAUAAUAAUGGAGCUAUAUACCGAAAGCUUUUCGGGGAUGACAAUAGUGCUCAAGGUUCUGCGAGAAAAGUCGAAAGUAUGGGCACAAGGGCGGAAUACUCAGAUUUUGAAAGACACCAUCGCGAAGAUCCGGCGGUCUUCCCAGAAAGUUAUGAAGGAGGUGGAAUAUCUUCAUCGGAGAGAGCUGCGACAAGCCCAUCUCCGACUUCGUGAAAUCGACAGGAAGCAAGACCAGGUUAUUCGAGCAUUGGAUGAGCAGAAGAAGAUCUUGAUCUCUAUGCAGGAAGAGCAAAAGGCUUUGAAUCUCAUCAAUGAUCAUCAAAAGGUCGUGCAGAUGUUGCAGCAGCUGUUGGCCAAAUUUCCUCCGCCAGCUGCAGUUGGAGCUUCUAUUAGCGAAUAG